AUGAGUCCAUCAACCAACCAUGACACCACUAGCCUCCUUUCACCACCUACCAAUGCGAAACGUAAACUUGUUGAUGUUUACGAUCUUGAAGAUACUAUUUUUCACGUCGGAAAACGACAAAUGAGCAAGGAAGUGGAACUGUCAUUGCACGCCGCCGCCACCCGCUGCCAUCAUGAGGACUCCGAUCACCACCACUUGAUGUCUCCUUUCGCUAAUCACCGUCAGACGAAAAGAAAGGCGAGGCAACAAAGCCACCACCGCAGCUCUGCUAUUGCUGCUACAAUCCCCAUAUGUGUAGCACUUCCUCACACCACCUCUUGA